GCAAUAGCCUCUGCGAUGGCGCAGAGCUGGAGACUGUAAACAGGGGAGCGCUCGACUCGAGGGAGCGGUCCCAAAGUCCCCCUUCCCGGUUCCGCGCCUGGAGAGGCGGCGAGGGCGCAGCAGCUUCUCCAGCAGCUCCUUUCACGCUCGCUCCGGCGUGGCGGGCAGGCGGCAGAUGGUUGCCCCUUCCCAGCCUCCAGCAACUCCGCACUCCUCCUCCGUCCACUUCCUGCCUGUGGGGCGGGGACAGCUUGGUGGCCGCCCUUCGCACCCGGUCAGCCUGCAGGGGCUGACUUGUAGCCCUGGAAACCAGCAACAUUGCCGGCUUUGUUGGGCUGCAUCGGGAAAGAACACAUGUCGGACACAGUGAAGGAUAAAGCAGCCCGCUUGUUAAAGAAGAGAGGCAGCAUAUCUUCUUUAGGGAGCCAUGAAGUCAAAGCGAAAGAAUUUUUUGGAAGAACUAAAGAUUCCAUGAGUACAGUGUCUUACAUGGAUGAUCCUGGCCACCAUGAUGAUAUUCCUCGUUCAACUGUUCAGAUGGAGAACACGUACAGGUUGGGUCCAACAAAAUGCUUCCCAGUGGUCACUGUGAAUAAUAUCUUGAAGGAUGUGGUCACAAGUUAUCUUCAAGAAGAAAAAUAUGAAGCAGAGUUGUGCAGACAAAUGACAAAGACCAUUUCUGAGGUAAUUAAGGCUCGGGUAAAAGACCUUAUGAUACCAAGAUACAAAAUUAUUGUAAUUAUUCAUAUUGGACAACUACAGAAGCAGAGCAUGCAGAUUGGAAGCAGGUGCCUCUGGGACACUGCCAGUGAUACAUUUUCCACAUUUUCCUUCAAAAAUAGAUCACUGUUUGCAUUGGCAAAUGUCUAUGCAGUUUACUCUGAGUAACAAUAAAAAGUUGAAUAUGAAAUCCAGCAACCCAUAUGCACAGCUCUUUUUAAUGUGGGUUUGCUAAACAACUAAAAUAGUAUUAUUCUGUUCACUAAAGUGAAUCACUUUAUUCACUAAAUAUAGUCAUUACUCUUGAUAUAGAAGGGGUUAAUACCAUUGAUACCAUUGUCACUGCUGGCUUGUUUGGUCAUGUAAACCUUCCUAGGAGAGUACUUAAUAUCCUCAGUAUCUCAUCAACGGCGUUACAAUGGUUGCAUUAAGGCCCAGCAAAUCACAUGUACAUUUUUUUAAAAAAUUGGAAUAUAUAUUCAAUUUAGUUUUUUUGUAAGUACUUAUCCAGAUGAUCUGUUCAAAGCAUGUUCCUGUUGUUUGAACACUGGAACGCAUUUUAACCUUUGUGGGACCAUGCUUAAGUUCUAGCUCAAAGGCAACGGUAUGGUGUCUAUAUCACACACAACAGAUGGGAAUAGCUGUGCUGCUGUUCUCUUAUCCCACCUUUUGAAUGCUUGAAUAUGGACUUGAGUGCAUAAGGGAGCCUCUUAAGAGUGCAUUGUUCAGGAUGUGAAAUUGAAUUGUCUGAAGACAAAAUGUGUGGAAAUCGCUUCUCAGUUUCGUUCAGACAGUAAGUUGACUAAAAUCUCAAGACUCAAGUUAAGCGCCCAAUUAAAACUGUUAAAUUCUUCAGAAUUUGCCUUUAGAUUACUCAGUUUCAGUUUGUGUGCAAUGAUAUGUAGAUUAUCUAGCCUUUUAAAAAGAUGGGGAAGUACAGUGGCUGACAUCCAGACUAAAGAAAUUGACAGAAAUUGCACCAUGAACAUAGAAUUAACAACUGUCAUUUACCAAUCCUGGGCUACUUUCUCAUUCUAAAUAUUCACCAAGUGCAUUAACAUAAUAUAAAAUUUGUCACUCUUAAUAGAUGCCACAUUAAAUAGGUCAAAUUAUGACACAUUCCUAUUUUAAUGCUAAUGUUUCUUCAUUUGUGUCCUAACAUUGAAUGUCUUGGAUCACAUAGGAUGCGUUCUGAAACCAAAGUUGAUGCAUUGUAUUGAGCAUCUGCCAAAUUGUUUGGGAUAUGGAAUGUCCUCUUCAAAAAUUUUCUUUCUCAUAUAAUUUAAUGUUGAUGUGGCUAUCCCAUUUGUUACUGGACAGGGCGCAAGAAAACAAAUGAAAAGACUUAAACAAAUGGA